AGAAAGAGCAAGAAGAAAGAAUCAAAAGAUGCGUGCGAUUUGAUCCAUAAUUGCAACUAAGGACCUCGUCAAUUUGAGAAACAUCAAAUCAACCCCAACCUUUAGUUCCGCCAUCUCUACAAAAUCGUUCCCUUUCCAACUCUGCCUCCCUCGUCCGGACAGAUCGCAUCAGAGACCAUGGAGGUUGAAGAAGAAGUGAGACGUAUCGUGGAGCAGGUGAAGGACCUCCACGACUCAGCCACCUCAUUCGUGGCUUCUUCAUCCCACGAAGAGCUCUCUCUCCGCAAGAGAUCCUCCGCCGUCGAGGCAUCAAUCACCCGCCUACACUCCACCCUCGUCUCCGACAAGCAUCUCGAUCCCAAGCUCUUCGACAAGCUGGAGGAGGAUCUGCAACGAGCUAGAUGCAUGCUUGCCGAUGGGGACUCUUCCUCCUUCCUCCCCUCCAAACCUCAAGGACGCUUUGUAAGAAUGUUCUUGGGACCUGUCAAUGUUCGAGCCUCGAGGAAAGAUAUACAGCUUAAAGUCAAAGAAGAAUACAAUAGCUACAGAGAUAGGACGGCUCUUCUUUUUCUUGUUUUCCCAGCAAUACUUUUGACCCUGAGAUCUUAUGUCUGGGGUGGAUGUUUGCCUGCUUUCCCUGUUCAGCUCUACGAGGCUUGGCUUCUGUUCCUUUAUGCUGGUUUGGCUAUGCGAGAGAACAUAUUGAGAGCCAACGGGAGUGACAUCCGUUCCUGGUGGCUUUAUCAUCAUUAUUGUGCCAUGGCUAUGGCCCUUGUCAGUCUCACUUGGGAAAUCAAAGGUCAACCAAACUGUGUUCAGAAGCAGAAAGGAGUCCGUCUUUUCCUCCAAUGGGCUAUGAUGCAAGGUGUUGCGAUGCUUCUGCAAAAUAGAUAUCAGCGCCAACGAUUAUACACUCGCAUUGCACUUGGAAAGGCUAAGAGAAUGGACGUUGUAUGGGGAGAAACGGCUGGAGUAGAUGGGCAAUUAUGGCUGUUAUGUCCUCUUUUGUUCACUUUACAGGGCUUUGAAGCAUACGUUGGUCUGCAGUUACUAAGGACAGCGUUAACUGGGGUAGUCGCCGAGUGGCAGGUGUUGAUCUGUGGCAUUCUUCUGGUUGUGAUGGCCGUUGGAAACUUCAUAAACACAGUAGAGACAUUGAUGGUUAAGUCGAGAUUCAAGGCUAAGAUGAAGAGAAGUAAAAGCAGAGCGGAGCUUGAUUAAACUGCUUUACUUAUAUUGACUACAGCUUCAUAGUUCCCAACUUCGGAUCUUUCUCCCCAUUAUUUAUUUUUACUUGAUAAAUUUUGUUUGCUUGGGGCACAAGUACCUAAGGUUCUUGAAAAAAGGAAAUUGACCCUUUCUUUUUAUGUAAAUGGAAGUGGGAAUUGAUAGUUGAUGGGUUGGGUUUUGUAGAUUUUUCAACAAACAUUUGUUGGGUUUCUAGUCAUUAGAUUCUCAAUAGAUUGUCGUUGACUGAUUUGUAUGUCUUUGUGCUUGGAACUUAACACUAGUUUGAAAAAGGUAGCUUCCUCGUUAAGGUUUUAAA